CGGCGGUAUCUCACAGGGGUCCUCCUGGACCCGCUCUAGUGACCCGGGAGACGGCGAGGCCACGCCCUACAGGUCCCGGGCUAGGGGGGCCCGGCGUGGGGCCCGCUGACGGGUUGAAGGUUUGUAGGGAGAUCCAGGCCGAGGAGCUGACGAAGUUCUGCUCCCGGAUCGUUAAGCUGCUGCAGGAGGAGGAGCUGGGGCCCGAGGCCGCAGACGCCCUGCAAAGGCUCUUCCUCAUCGUCUCUGCCACUAAAUACAGGAGGAAGCUGGAGGACACCUGUGUGCACCUGCUGCAGGCCACCCUGUGCUCGCCCAAGUGCCCCGAGCAGCUCCAGCUUCUCUGUGCUGCCAUCCUACGAGAGAUGUCGCCCUGUGACGGCCUGAGCCUGUCCUGUGACCACAUCCACAGCAGCCGGCAGCUGAGCCUGGUGGCCUCCGUGCUCUUGGCCCAGGGUGACAAAAAGGAGGAGGUCCGAAGCGUGGGCCAGCGCGUCUUCAGAGUCCUCGAGAGCCGGCAGCCCGAGGGGCCCAGUCCCAGGCACCUGCUCCCAGUCGUGUCCAAGAUCACCCACCUCGCCCCACACACCCUCCACGAAGAUCAGACCAACCUGCUCAACAAGCGGCUGGUGGACUGGCUUCGCUAUGCCAGCGUCCAGCAAGGGGUGGCCCACACUUCUGGAGGCUUCUUCUCCACACCCAGAGCCCGGCAGCCCUGCCCCGUCACCGAGGUGGAUGGCGCGGUGGCCACAGAUUUCUUCACCGUGCUGUCCACGGGCCAGCACUUCACGGAGGACCAGUGGCUGAACGUGCAGGCCUUCUCCAUGCUGCGGGUGUGGCUGCUGCACGGCGACCCCGAAGGCCCCAGCACCCCGGAUGCGGACGACAGGUCGGAGCUGGAAGGCUCCACACUGUCCGUGCUGUCGGCCAGCUCCACGGCCAGCCACCUGCUGCCCCCACGGGAGCGGCUGCGGGAGAAAGCCUUCGAGUACUGCCAGCGCCUGGUGGAGCAGAGCACUCGGCGCGCCCUGAGGAAGGGGGACUCGGACCUGCAGAAAGCUUGCCUGGUGGAGGCCGUGCUCGUGCUGGACGUGCUCUGCAAGCAGGACCCCUCCUUCCUGUACCGCACCCUGUCCUGCCUGAAGGCCCAGCACGCGCGCCUCUGUGCGGACCCGAGCCGGGCGCGGACAUUGCUGCCCAUCGCGCAGUUCUUCCUGAACCACGGGGAGGCGGCCGCAGUGGACUCAGAGGCCCUUCUCCGGCACCUGCUCACCAGGACGGCCUGUGAGCUCUUCCACAGCCCCCCGCUGGCCUUCGAGCUUAUGUGCUUCUGCAGGGACAGCCUUCCCCUGUUUGGCAGGAACCUGGACAUCCUCAAAUGGAGCUUCCCCAAUCUCCUCAAGCUUCUGGCCUGGAAUAGCCCGCCCCUCACCUCUGAGUUUGUGGCACUGCUACCGUCACUGGUGGACGCGGGCACCGCCGUGGAGAUGCUGCACGCAUUGCUGGACCUGCCCUGUCUGACCGCAGCCUUGGACCUGCAGCUCAGGUUGUCGCCGGCCGCAUCCGAGAGGCCGCUGUGGGACCCCUCCCUCAAGAUCCCCGGCUGCCUGGAGGCCUCCCGGGACCCCCAGUUCCAGGGUCUCCUCCAGCACCUGUUGCGUGCCACGGCCACCGGGACCGUGGAGAGGUUGGCGCCACUGCACCGGCUGCUACAGCCCCUGGCCAGCUGUGCCCGCGUGGUCCAGUGCGCCGAGGCUGUGCCCACCCUGCUACAGGCCUUCUUCUCAGCAGUGACGCGGUUUGCCGAUGGGGCCCUGACCAAUCAGCUGGCACUGCUGCUCCUGGAGAGAAGCGACUCUCUCUUCCAAGUGCCGCAUUAUGAGGACCGUGUGCACAGAGUCCUGAGUUCACAGUUCCUGGCCCUGUGCGCGCUGCACCCAUCACUGGUGGUGGAGCUGGCGAAGGAGCUGCUGGAGUUCGUGGGGAGCGUGAGCAGCGUCCACAGCAGGGGGCCCAUGCUCGCUUCCGUGGUGUGGGCCAUCGGCGAGUACCUGUCCGUGUCCUGGGACCGGCGGUGUACCGUGGAGCAGAUCAACCGGUUCUUCGAAGCCCUGGAGGCCGUGCUGUUUGAGGUCACCCAGUCCCGCCCGUCUGCCACGCUCCCCAAGUGUCCCCCGCAGGUCGUCACCGUGCUCAUGACCACGCUGACCAAGCUGGCCUCCCGCAGCCAAGACCUGAUUCCCCGGGUCUCUCUGUUCCUGUCAAAGAUGAGGACCCUGGCCCCGAGCCCAGCCCUGAGCACCACAAGCUGUGAGGAGGACGCGGGAGCCAUGCGCACGCGGGCCACAGAGCUGCUGGCCCUGCUGAAGAUGCCCAGCGUGGCCCAGUUCGUGCUCACGCCCAGCAAGGAGGUGUCCGAGCCCCGCUACCACCGCGACGCCAACACGGCCCUGCCCCUGGCCCUGCGCACCGUCAGCCGCCUGGUGGAGAAGGAGACGGGCCUCCUGCCGGGGUGAAGGGACGAUGAUGAAGAGGCUGGUAUUAGGGCCGAGCCUCGGCUUCCGUGGUCAGAGAGGACCUCAGGAGGGGCAGGAGGCCUGGGUGGGUCUGGGUCCCUCAGUGCCUGUCAGGACUGUCACAUCCUCGGCCUAGGUCUCCAGUGGAGCUGAGCUGGGCUCAGGUAGGAUUUGGGGCUGGGUGGCGUCUGCUUUCUCUGUUCCAGGCUGUUCCCUGUUUGGGGCAAGAAAAGAUACCACAAUAAACCUCUUUCCAAAAGUA